CACAGAAGGGUUGGGCUGUUAAUCACAGUAUGAGUCAGAACAUUAGAUCUGUCUGUAAUGAGUCAGGUUACAUAGAGCUCAUAAAACACACACCUGGGGGGCCCUCAUUCAGAGUUAACAAGGGCAAGACAUCAGAUCAGUAGCCCAAACCCCCAAAGUAUUAGAGAGGGGGCCUUUCUUCUUCAUUAUGCCGUGUACGUGGGGAUGCCAAGCAGUGCACCUGCCUCUCCUGCUCCUACUAUCAGUGAUCGCUGGGACCUCAGGCAGAGAAGUCUGUAACUGCAGUGGCCGUUCUCAGCAGUGCGUAUUUGAUGCGGAUUUGCUGGCACAGACAGGCUCCGGCUUUCGUUGUAUCAACUGUAAUGGAAACACAGAGGGGCCCCAUUGUGAAAGCUGUAAGAUUGGGUACUACCCAUUGCCAGGGGGAGACUGUGCACCCUGCAACUGUCAUGCCACAGGUUCUCUAAACAGCCAGUGUGAUAUUUUCGGGCGCUGCACCUGUAAGGCAGGAGUGACAGGCGAGAAAUGUGACCGAUGCAAGCCUGGCUUCCACACCCUCACUGAGGCUGGCUGCAGGAGACAGGGCUGUCAUUGUGACCCUGCGGGCACCAGCCGUGGAUGUGACACAGGGGAGCAAUGUGUGUGCAAAGCCACUGUUACUGGAGAGAGAUGUGACAGAUGUAAGCCUGGAUACUAUAACCUUGAUCCGUCUCGAGCAGAAGGUUGCAUACAGUGCUUCUGUAAUGGAUAUUCUUCCAGCUGCACCAGUUCCAAUAAGUACAGCGUGCACAAGAUCACCUCUUCCUUCCAGAAAGACACAGAAGGUUGGAACUCAGUGUUAAGAGAUGGAACUCCUGCCUCUGUGCCAGUGCGCUUGUCUCGCCACCAGAAAGAAGUGUACUUGGCAUCGCGACACCAGACGCCACUAUACUUCAGUGCGCCAGAACGGUACCUGGGAGACCAGUCUUUGAGUUACGGACAAACGUUGACCAUAAGUUUCCGUGUGGAUAGGGGGCGCCACAGAGCAGGAGCUGAAGAUUUGGUGCUGGAAGGUAAUGGGUUAACUGUUACUGCCCCACUUACAACUUCAAGAACCGCCCUUCCCUGCCGGCUGCCGCAGACAUACACAUUCAGACUGGAUGGGCUCUCUGGUAGUCCCUGGACACCUCAAAUAAGCCACUUUGAUUUCCGUCGCCUGUUGAGUAAUGUGACUGCACUAAGAAUCCGUGCCACCUAUGGGGAAUACAGUACUGGGUAUCUUCAGUCUGUAAACCUUGUAUCAGCUCGUCCUGUGUCCGGUGAAGCUGCACCCUGGGUGGAAAAAUGUGUUUGUCCCACUGGCUACCAGGGAAAUUUCUGUGAGAAGUGUGCGCCAGGGUACCGCAGAGAUUCCACUGGGCUGGGGUCUUUGAGCUCAUGUGUGGCCUGUAAUUGCCAAGGUGGAGGACUGUGUGAUCCAGAUACUGGUGACUGUUACUCCGGAGAUCAAAAUCUUAACAAUGACUGUGCUGACUGCCCACAAGGGUAUUACAAUGACCCCCGUGACCUCCAAAGUUGUUUGCCCUGCCCAUGCGGUUCUGGAAUCGGCUGCUUUUUGUCACCAGAGACUCAGGAACCUGUGUGUGAGGACUGCCCUGUAGGACUGACUGGCACCCGCUGCGAGGUUUGUGCAGAUGGAUAUUUUGGAGACCCUCAGGGACAACGUGGGCCUCAAACUCCCUGCCGGCCUUGUGGUUGCAACAAUAACAUUGAUCUCAGGGUGGAGGGGAACUGUGACAGGGUGACCGGAGAGUGCCUGAAAUGUAUUCACAAUACAGCCGGAUUCUACUGUGAUCAGUGCAGAGAGGGAUUUUUUGGAAACCCACUGGACCAAAAUCCUCAGAACAAGUGUAAAGCUUGCUACUGUCACCCAGUGGGUACUGAACAUGUCGGGUGUCAGAAAGAUGGCUCCUGCAGGUGUAAACCCGGGUUUAAUGGGGCCAGUUGUGAUCGCCCUCAAUGCCCCAGCUGUUACAGCCAAGUCAGUGAAAAGCUCAAUUUGUACAAAACGUAUCUCCAAGAGAUCUCCAGCUCAAACAACAGCCAGUCCCCAGCAAGUGGGGAGCUGAAUGCGCGAAUGAAAAAGGCAGAGGAGGCCGCACGAGCACUUCUGACCGAGGCUGAAUCUACACACGGUGCAGAGCUCUCUCUACAGAGGAAAAUAUCUGGGCUUCAGGGAACUGAGUCAGAGUUGCAAACUCUCCUACAACAAGCACGAGGUUCACUGCAGGCAGCGCAGUCCCAGAGCAGUCAGUACCAUGGACAGCUGCAGGACACAAGGCGGAAAAUGGAAAUCUCACGGCAGCAGCUUGAGGGGGGCCAGGCCGAACUAGCACGCAUGCAAUUUUCUACCUCAAAUUUGGAUCCCGGUGCCUUCUCCCAACUCAGCCAGGAAGCUGAAACAAUUGCAAACAGGCUGGCGCAGGAAGCUCAGAUUGUGACGCAGUACGCUACGGAAGCGCAGGGCGAUACACAGAGAGCACUACAAAUUCUACGCAAUGGUAACGUGGACCCAGAUUCUGAAGCAAGAUUGAGAACAAGGUUAGAGGAGGCUCGAACCCGUGCCAGUGCACUGGAAAAUGAGGCUAUUCAGUCUGCCGCAGCUGCAGAAAGGGCUCACCAGGACAGCCUACAGACCGCUCGUGCCGUGGCACAAGCAGCUCGCAUGGACUCCGUUAGAUUCCAGGAGGAGCUGGAACGUCUGGGAGGGGAAUCUACAGCAUUAAGGAGCUCAGUGGAAUCAGAACUGUCACAGAGCAAAGAUCUGCAGAACAAAUUCCGCAUCUGGGAACAAGAUGGAGAGCAGCAGCUCCAGGAAGGGAGAGUGAAUAAAGUGCUGGCGGACCAGUUAUUGUCACGAGUUAAUGCUGCCAAAACCAGGGCAGUACAGGCCAUGAACACUGGGAACAGCAGCUAUUAUGAGAUUGAGGGUAUCCUGAGUGAUCUGAAAGGAUUUGGAGACAAAGUGGGGCAGCGACGCAGUGAGGCGGAAGCCGCAAUGCAGCGUCUCCCUGGGAUUCAACGUAGGGUUCAAGCAGCCACAGAUAUGACCGAAAGGGCAGAGACCUCACUUAAAGGGGCAGAAAGAGAUUCUGGCAUGGCCGCUGGCAAUGCCAGGGAGGCACUGAGCAUAACGACAGCCGUACAGAUGGACAUGCAGCAGAUGGGCCGAGACACUAACAGCUCAGCAGAACUUGCUCUUGCAUUGGAACGUGAUCUUGCAGAACUACGCAGAAUGACUAUAGGCACCGGUGGCGACCUGGAGACCAGGAUGCAGGAUGCUGAGAGGGACAGUGCAGCAUCAGAAGGGAUUGUAAAAAACGCCCAGGAGUCUGAAACCGGAGCUUUGGAUGCUAACAACGCUGUGACAGCGACGCUCCGUGCCUUGGAUCACGUACUCAGUCUAAUAGAUCAGCCUAUAGGGAUUAAUGAAGAAAGGCUGAAUUCACUAGAGAGCAGUCUAAACGCAGCACGUACCCAGGUGUCUGGACGCCUCAGGCCGGCUGUAACUGAUCUAGAGAUGGCAGCUGAGCGACAGAGAGGAAGGAUCCUUGGUCUGGAAACCGAGAUUAGUCAGACCCUGAUUGACAUCCAGAACCUACGGGAUAUCCGCAACAACCUUCCACCUGGGUGUUACAACACCGCAGCUAUUGAGAGACCCUGAGACUGUUCAUGAGACGUAUAUGAGACCUUAUGAAUACACCCAUACUGUGAUAUAUACAAGAAGCCAACAACUAAUAUCCAAUCUUUCACUGAGGUGCUCAACUAGCAAACUGUGAGGCUAUGUUAACCCUUUGCUUGCCGAAGAGAACUACAACGGUAGUCCUAUACAGCAUCUAAGGGGUUAAAAUGGUUGUUACAUGUACCAAAGACAAUAUUGCUUACAAAAUUAUAAAAGCUGAGCAUUAAGAGAGACCAGGCCAAUUUCUCUCAUUGUACUGAAUUUCUAUUUAUUUAUUAUUAAUAAAAUAUGAUAAAACGUU